GUUCUGCCAGGAUACAGUCCUGCCAGCCAGCCAGCCCUCUCGGAGGACUUUGCUACCUCUCUUCUUACCUCGACUUUCACUUCUGCUAGGGGGAACACUGCACUUGAACAGGAGAGAUUCUUCCCUCUAAUUUUCAUUACUGAAAUCAAGCAACAGUGGAAAAUCAGAAGAAAUGCGAGCUGAAAGAAUGUGAGCCGGGUGUUGGGGCCACCUACACGUGCUUGGAAGAGUUUAUCUUGGUCAGUCGGGGUCUGCUUCAGCAGAGCAGGUCUCUGAUGCGUUUCCAGCUGAGCUGUACUUAACAUUCAGCAGUUUCAGGCCAAAAGAGCGAUGAGAACCACAUGAUGGAAGUCGAGUCCUCCUACUCGGACUUCAUCUCCUGUGACCGAACUGGCCGCCGCAACGCUGUCCCUGACAUCCAGGGGGACUCGGAGGCCAUGAGCGUGAGGAAGCUGGCCGGAGACAUGGGCGAGCUGGCCCUGGAAGGUGCAGAAGGACAGGCAGAAGCAGACACCCCGAGCAAGGAGGCCGACACUCAGCCCAAGAACAGCGAGGGGACUACCUCUUCCUGAGCCAGACCUCACCCAGAGGCUGGAAGAGACUAUCCAACUCCAUGCAGAGAGGUGCCACAGUGCUGAGUUCCAUGUCCCAGGCCAGAGAGAUGGCAGCCCCAAGGCUGCUGGGCUGCCCAGGGAAGACCUCUGCCUGCCUCCCACCGGGCCAAGCACACUUUGGGCACCAGUACCCCACUGUCCUGGAUGCCAGAAGUUCCAGGUGCUGGGAUGCAGGGGCUGGGCCCAGCUCACCAGGAUGAGCCACCCUCCAAGAACACUUCUGCCAUGGGGGACCCAGGCAGGGACCAUGUCCCAGCUCACUCCCUCUCCAACCCCAACCUUCUGGAGUCAAGACCUCCUGACCCCAUUUUUAAAAAAAUACUUUUAAACUUUUUAAAAACAUGACACCUUUCUCCAGCAGAGGGAGGAAGCUGACUGUCCCCUUCAAAAUUGCUGUCCACUGUCACCCUCUGCCCCAUGGCCCUUGGCGGCCUCCCGCAUUGUCAGUACCUACUUGUUGUGAAGGACUGUAUGCCUCAGACUGUAUACUCCAUCCUUUCUGCCGCUGACACCCAAGAAAUAAAGGCUGGUGGUUUGUGUGA